AUGUCCAAAUCGCUCACAACGCUCCAGCAAGCGGUGAAUACAGUAUAUGACCUCACACACAUCGACCAAGCAGUACCCUACGUCACAAGCGUUCUCGAACAGCCCAUAGCCAUGUUCACGCGAAACGAGACUAUAGACAACGUACCGAACGGAGAAGAAUGUUUCGAACUCCCGCCAAUAAAGCAUCUACCGCGUGACAUAUCUGACAAUGUUCUAGAAUCUAUUAUAAACGAGUUUAGGGACGUGUCAAGUGAUGUAGAAGAAAUAAGGCGGGUUAAAUCUGAGGAGCUGCAAAGGAAGUUAAAGUUGUAUAAUAGCAUAAUGGAGAAAAAGUAUGACGAUGAGCUGAUACAUAGUAGGCGCAGUCGGAGGAGGGAUGCAGGGUCCGGUGGCAGUACCCCAAGGUUGAUGACCCCAGUACGAAGCCGGUCUAGGAGCAGAGAUGUCAGCUACACCAGUCCUUGUGUAAUGAAUGUUAGUAUAUAUGGGAACAAUCCAGAUCAAAACGAUGAACAACUCGAGAAGCAAAUAGAAGAAAAAGAGAAGAUAUUAGCGAAAAUGCUGAACUUAGAAUCUCUUAGUAUCAAGAGUCAUGACAGUAAUGUAACCUACGAGGAUCCAAUCUACAAACCAAUAGAGACAAAAAACAGUAAAUUUAUGGUCAAAGAUGUCAAUAAAACCAUAGACGAUAAAAAAGAAAUACACGAUACUAACAAGCCCAUAGAUAUGAAAACACAGAUUAAAAAAGUUGAUACGAAUGUGGAAAAACCAAUGAGUAAAGUCGACAAAAUAACAGAUUUGGUUCCAAAAGUAAUGCAGUUGCCGAAUAAUUGGAAUUUGGAGAGUAUUGAGCUAAGAUUAGAAAUGAAAAGUGGAGUUAAAGAUGGCUUAAAUUUGCUCUCUCCUGACGACCAUUUGGAUAGCGAAUGGGAAGUAAUUUAG